UGGUAGAAAAAUUGUUAAAGCUUUUUCAAUCGAAUGAAAAAUAUCAGACUGAUCGGAUCGGAUUGUUUUAUUAGCUGUUGUCGUACCUGAGUGAAAAUACAUUUUUCUAUUUUUUUAAUAAAACAAAAUCUGUGAUUUAUACGCUCACGAGACCUUAAGAAGUGUUAUUCAACUUUGUGAUCUUAUUCUAUCAAAUAGAUAUGGCCAAACCACCAGAAAUAAUUGAUCUUGCCAAAAUUCUUGAGCCACAUUUAAAUGGUGGCAAACUAAUUGACUAUUCGAGUCGAUAUUUGACAAAACCUGGUGAUAACUAUGGCAGUGUUAUGCUUGCCAUUUCUGCCGAUAUUAAACUUCCUGAUGGAAAAAGUGAAAAACUUCCUUUGGUUGCAAAACUACCACCACUUACCAAUGAACUAUUUUGGACGCUAUUCAACCCUCUAGUUACGGCUUUAAGAGAGAAUGCAAUUUAUAUGGAUGUUUCACCAAGUUUACAUCAACUGCAGCUUGAUAGUGGAAUACCGGAGUCGAAAGUUUUCGAUGCAUUUGCAAAAUUGUAUGGUUGUCGAAUAUCAUUAGAUGAAAAUGCCAAAGUUCUUGAUCGUAAUGCAGUUUUAGUUCUUGAAAAUCUCCAAACAAGUGGCUACAGACCUGGUAAACGACAAAUAAUGUUUGAUUAUAAAAGCAUAAAAUUUGUACUCAAACAUCUUGCUAAAUAUCAUGCCUUGCCAAUUGCACUUCGACAAAAACAACCCAAAAAGUUUCAGAAUGAUAUUUUACCAAAAUUUCGACGUUACGAUAUGAACAAAGAAAUGAGUGAAGAAGUUGCAAGUGAAUUUAAAGGGCAAGUUUUUGAAGAAGUCAGGCUUGCAAUUGGAAAUGAUGGUAAAGUUUUUGAUAGAUACAUGGAAUUGGUUACAAUUUACCACGAUUAUAUGGCCAACACUGAAGAAUGUCAAGACGGUUUAUUUACAACUAUUGCACAUUAUGAUUUGUGGACAAAUAACAUAAUGAUUAAAUACGACGAAUCUGGGGCUCCAGAAAAGAUCAAAAUAGUUGAUUUCCAAAUAUCACAGUACGAGUCGCUAAUGCAUGAUCUCAUGUUUCUAUUGUUGACAAGUGUUGACACAUCUGUUGUUGAAGAACAUUUCCACGAUCUCUUGAAAUACUACUAUUUAGAGUUUAUUGAAUGUCUGAAGAAAACACAAUGCAGAACGGAUGAAUACAGUUUUAAUAAAUUCAUGGAAGAAAUGCAUGGUAUUGCUCCAGUACAAUUUCAUCAUGCAAUGUUUAUGUCAAGAGUGCUUUUAGCUGAAGAAACAAAUUUACCUGAAGACUUUAAGGAUUAUGAUUUAAAAACGCUUAAGAAACCACCACCAGAGGCAUUGCUCCAAAAGUUGCGAGAUGUAACGAAGCUGGCACAGAAAUUUGGUUUCUUUUGGUGAACUUUGUAUUCUAAAAGAAGAUUGUGGUAAUAAUUAUUCUAAGAUUAAGAAGAUCAAUUCAUCUGUUUAGAAUAAAAAUAUUGUUAAUUAAAUUGAAAAAUCAUCUCUA